ACUCCCACCUACCUUUCGGGUUUCAUUUGCUGCUGACCUCUGAUUUGCCUUCCCGAUCCAGCGGACACUCCAAUCUAAACCUAAUUUCCCCUCCGAUCUCCGCACCCAUGCGGCGCUGAUGCUGUCUGAAGCCGGUCAUGUCCAUCCUGAACGACUCCUCGCUGGUACGGCCGCAUUGCCAUGGCAAGACCAAACCUCGCUCCUCCAAGAGCGUUGCGGGGGAUGCCCCGGCCAAACCCCGCCGGUCCGUCCUCAAGUCCAUCUCCGACUCCUCUUUGUCGUCGUUCGUCAAAAAUACGUUGACGUGGGCUGGGGACACGUGGUACGGGGAUAGUCGGUCCUCGACACAACGCAAACUGCUUGCUGAGACGGAGGAGCGCAAACAGGUUCUGUAUCUCAGAAAACGAAAUGCGGUGACGUAUGAUGAAUGGAAAGAGGCCGCCAUUGAACUGGAUGAGCUGGAGAAUAACUUUGUCUGGAAACAAACAUUCGACUGCCCCGACUACGACCCUCAUCUCGUACAGGAGCGUCUGAAGCAGCUGGAGGAUGCGCGGAUCAGCUGCGACGUCAGUCGCAUGCUGUUUUUGGUCCGUACCUCCCUAAGCCGUGACUUGGGCAAUAUGAGCAACGUCUCUCUCUACAAACAUGUCCACCUUGGGACGAAGGACCUCAUCGAUCGGUAUAUCACCACCGCUUUGGAUACGAUAUCGUCCCUGGUGGAGUUGUCCGACCAAGACCGGUGCGAUGGGCUCGAGUCAAAGUAUAUCCUUGACCAAUUGUUGGCGGCAAGACAGGCCUUUGGGCGCAGCGCUCUGCUAUUUUCCGGUGGAGCAACAUUCGGCAUGAACCACAUCGGCGUGCUCAAGGCUCUUUAUGAAGCCAAUCUUCUCCCACGGAUUAUCUCCGGGGCAUCGGCGGGUAGUAUCGUAUGUGCUGUUUUUUGUACGCGCACAGAGGACGAGCUACCCGCGCUCCUGGAUUCAUUUGCCUACGGGGACUUUGCUGUUUUCGGCGAGGAAAGCGAAGAAGAGAACAUUCUUCACAAGACAGCGCGGUUUCUGAAGUAUGGAUCGUUUCUAGACAUCUCGCAUCUCGCCAAAGUUAUGAGGAGCUGGCUGGGCGAUAUCACCUUUCAGGAGGCCUACAAUCGAACGCGAAGGAUCCUGAACAUUUGCGUUUCCAGUGCUGGAAUCUAUGAACUCCCCAAGAUCAUGAACUACAUCACCGCGCCAAAUGUAUUGAUCUGGUCCGCUGUGGCGGUUUCAUGUUCCGUUCCCCUCGUGUUCUCGCCUUCUACACUCAUGGCUAAAGAUCCCUUGACAGGGCAGGCGGUACCCUGGAACGACCUUCAUAAGCAAUACAUUGACGGCUCCGUGGACGGUGACCUGCCGAUGAACCGUCUGUCUGAAAUGUUCAACGUCAAUCACUUUAUUGUGUCGCAGGUCAAUCCCCAUGUUGUGCCUUUUCUCCCCAAAGACGACGGGCCAGACCGGUAUGCCCAGGCCUCGUUCACGGCUCCUCGUUGGCUCCUCGCCAUGACCCAUCUUGCCAAGGAGGAGAUUCUGCAUCGCAUGACGACCAUGUCCGAGCUGGGAGUCUUCCCGACGUCUUUAAGCAAGACUGUAUCCAUCGUGAACCAGAAAUACUCUGGCGACAUCAACAUUUAUCCGGAAAUCCAGUUUUCCCGGGUGCCUGUGAUGUUGAGGAACCCGACGACCGAGUUCAUGCUUAACGCCUGCCUGAGCGGCGAACGUGCCACCUGGCCCAAACUUGGGCGUAUCCGCAAUCACUGCGCCAUUGAAUUGGCCUUGGACUCGGCCAUUCAGAAGAUGCGGGCACGGGUUGCCUUCUACCCCAGUCGCAUUAAUGUCAAAUGCGACACCAUGGCCGGCCACUCUCUCGAAACUCUCGACAGCAGUGGGGGACGAGGGCGCUUGUUGAACCGCAGAAGCUCUUACAAUCAUGAAGUGGAAAGGACCAGACACGUUAGGCAAAUCUCAAGCCGGCAGAUACGACCAUAUCUGCAACGGUCUCGGAGCGUGUUACUGUCCGAACAGUCCCACAGCAUCGACUCGGUGGCAUCGGCGAGACUGGACCAAGCCGUCGAUCAACGCACUGAAAGCCACCAGAACUCCUCCAUGAACGCCGGAGAUGGACCGUAUGCGACGGGAUCUGACAGUGAUGAAGAGAGCGGAGCAUCGCCCCCUGAAUACUGCCAAUCGCCGCCGAGAUCUCAUGUCUCCUGGGAGCCAUCGUCCGAAGACCAUCCCUUCGCCUGGUCGAGCCUAGAUGGUAGCGCGCCAUCAUCUCAAUCAUAUGCAUCCGCCCAUUCAGGCGGGUCAGCACACCGGGCCGCUGCGCGGUCUCCGGAGACGUCGCAUGCGGUGCAUACGAUGCCCGAGAAGUCGUUAUCCCCUCCCCGCCAUCACCUUCAAAUGACGCCCUCCGCCUAUGUCAGAACUCCCGAUUCUCGCACUUUUCUGAACUGACCCGUUUUAAGGUGUAUAGAAUGAGAUGAUAGCUCGCCGUGUUUUCGACUUGAAUGCGCAGCUCUUUGGUUAGGGCGAGGCUAUCGGAUUUAGACUUGUGGCAUGCCCGGCACCCAUAGCAUUUUUCAUCAUUCACCUUG